GAAUAUAUACUCAAUUUCCGGAAUUUGAGUUGGUAAUUUUUGUAUAAAAAAGAAAAAAUUCAAAAAUGGUUUUUACUGGAUCUUAGCGUGUAGAUAAGAACUGCAAAAUCGAAAUUCUAGGUUUUAGAUAUAAGAAAUCGGAAAAGGAAGUUUCGUAGAACCUCACCAACCUCCUAUUGUUUGGUUACUUUAUUAAUUAAUUUCUCUCAUUCUUUUCCCUUUGAAUUUUUCCUUGAUUUGUCGCUAUUCAAUUCUGUUGAUUUUUUCGAUUUCGGUAUUUCUCAAGGCUUUGAUUCAUAUUCUGCAAAGUUGGGUUUUUUAGAAGAUUACCUUUCUUGGUUUUUCUUACUUUUAGUUGUUUUGGAUCAAUUUUAUAUUGGGUCUGGUUUGAUUUGUGGAGUUUGGAUUGGAGAUUAUAAUUGAUUUAAGAUUGCAUGUGGAGUCUGGUUUAAUGCAUGUGAGAUUGGGAAUUUGAAAAUUGUAGUUGGGGUUGGUUUCUGGAUCAAGUUGAUUGUUUGAUAACAUUUUUGUGUAUUAGUUAGAAGACUGAUUUUGGGGUAGUUGCUAGUUAGAGAAGGUUAUGGAACUAGCUAGGCGUAGAGGAAUGGAGAAUGGGGGAGAUGAGGAGAUGGAUGUUGAAACUCCUGUAUCGGAGCAACGAUUCUAUCCUUCCCAUCCGGGUUUGGUGAAGAAGAGAGCUUAUAUAUUUGAUGGUUUGGGGAACUUUUAUAAUAAGGAAUGGGAUCUGGCGGACCUUUAUCAGAAAGAAGAAAAGGUAUCGGAUGUUGAGGAAGGACGGGGGAACGAGUUUUCUUGGUACCAUGUUGAACUUCCGAAAGGGAAUCAGAAGUUGGCGCAAUCUGCACAGGAUUUGAUUGGUGUUUUAUGUCCGCCUUUGAAGCUACAGGAUAUUCUUUCGCUUAUUAGCAAUGGACCGUUUUGUGCACAUGUAGAUGGUGCACUUGUGUUUCGGGUUAAUUCACCUGGUCCUCCUUCUAGUGAUUUUACAUUCAGACUUGCUGCUAGAGUUACUGAGAAUUCAGUGAUUACAGUGUCCUUAGGGCGUGUUCCUCGGCUAGGUUUCUCACGUAUGGGGGAAUCUUUACUUUCGGAAGUUCCUAGCGUUGAAAGCUCAUCUCAGUUUAAUGGUCAGCAGAAGGAAAGUAGUGGGACUGUGAUUAAGGAGCAUGUUCUUGAAUUCUUGUUGACUAUGAAUCAUUCUGAGGAAGCUGACAAUCCUGUUCCUAGAUCUGUCUCAAAUCUCGUUGUGCACAUAGUUGAUACACACGUAGACCAGCUUCAAGAUCUCGUGACAAAGCUUGAGAUGGAGUUGGACUCUGUGGAGCUUGAUCUUGAUAAAGGUGGUUAUACUCUGAAGAAACAAAUGCUAGAUGAUAGAAGAUUUCCCAAACUACAUAUUAAUUUGCAGCGGCUCCUGCAGGUGAUUGCCCAUGGAGAACAAGUGUAUCUUCGUGUAAAAGAAAAAUCCUCUUCGAAAAGAUGGUUUGCGAACGAAGACAUUAACUCUCUUGAAGAACUAAUUGGAAGGUUGAGAAGGCUAAAGGAAAAUGUAGGGUUUAUAGUUAAUCGUGUCACGGCAAUACAGGCUGGUCUUGACAGCUGGCAGUCGGAGCAAAUAAAUCGUAAACUAUACUAUCUCUCGUUCCUAUCAAUAAUUUUCCUCCCGCUGUCCAUCAUAACAGGAGUUUUUGGCAUGAAUGUUGGAGGAGUUCCAUGGACAGGUCAAAAUGCCCCAGAGCUAAAGGAUGGUUUCCGCAAUGUCAUGUUAGUCUGUGUGGCCAUGCUUGUUCUUGUACUACUUUGCUUCAUUUUCCCGGCUCUAUAUAUGCGUAUAGCUGCUGUUUGGCGAGAAAAGAGAACUCUUGGAAGACACUGGUCACUUAACAGGAAAUCAUUGUUGAGGAGACCGUUAAGAAUAGAAGAUGCAGCGAGAGGAGGUUACCUUCGGAUUUAAUGGUAUUAGAAUGUCUGCUUCGCGUCAUUCAAUCUACUAGUGAGCAUUCAAGUCAUACUGAUGCCAUUGGUUUUCUUCAAAUGGCUCUUACUGAAGAAACUUAUAAAACUGACAUUUAGUUGCCAAGAAAAGAAUCACCAGAAGCAAUUAUGGAAUCCUCAUAUGUAGCACAUAUUCUCUUGCUGAUGAAAUGAGAGAUUGUGAUCGAUCAAGUCAAGAUUUUUGCUUAUUCUUUCAUUUAUUUUCCUUUCAAAAAGCAAACUUGUACAGUUUUUCCUGGUUAUGAGAAGAGUUUUUUAUUUAGUAUAUAUGUAUUAUUACUAUUAUUAGAAAAAUGUUAACUAAUGUCUUUUUAUAGCACAAAUAAAGAAACAAAAGUACACCAGUGUAGCCUUAUUACUAGUGAGGGUCAAUAAGGUCUAGACAUAUUGUAAUUGAUUUAGAUUUUGUUUAGGAGUUAUAUUUAAAUAAUUUGUGUAAGUUUUUCAAAAUCCUCAUCCAAUAAAUUCUUGAUAUAUCAGAGUA